GGCAGCCUGAAGUCUCCCAGCUAGAGUCUGGUUCUAGGGUCUUUCCUAGGCUUCAGAGGACACAACCUGUCAGGAACUAGGGCUGACCUGAGGGUGACUACACUGCCACCUCCUUUUUGUCACCCCUCCCACCAGCACUUCUGGGUCUCUCAGCAGUCAUGUGGGUGUUAGCCAUCCUCCUGUUCCUGGGCAGUGGGCAUACUGCCACUUUGGAGAAGCCUAUCCUAUCCCUGCACCCUCCCUGGACCACCAUCUUCAAGGGUGAGCGGGUCAUUCUGCACUGUGAUGGGUACCACCCACUGCUCCUGGACCUUCGGCCUGUCAGCACCCUCUGGUACCUAGGCCACCUUCUCCUGCCCUCCCACAAGAGGAGCAUUGAGGUGCAGACCCCGGGGGUGUACCGCUGCCAGACACGGGGGGCUCCUGUCAGUGACCCCAUUCACCUGUCCGUGUCCAAUGACUGGCUGAUACUGCAGGCGCCCUAUGCGCCCGUCUUCGAGGGCGAGCCGCUGGUGCUGCGCUGCCGUGGCUGGUACGACAAGGCGGUGGCCAAGCUGCACUACUACCACGACGGUCGCGCUGUGCGCUACUUCCACUCCGGGGCCAACUACAGCGUCCCGCAGGCACGCACCAGAGACAGUGGCUUCUACCAGUGCUCCGGCACCAUGCGCAUCCCCGUGGAGAGUGCGCCCAUGUUCUCCGCCAAGGUGGCGGUCACAGUGCAAGAGCUGUUCCAUGCACCCCUGCUACGUGUGAUGGGCGGGGAGCGGGCUGGAGGUGUGUUGCUGCGCUGUGACACGAGAUUGCACCCGCACAAGCGUGACACGCUGCUGCAGUUCGCCUUCUACAAGUACAGCCGCCCAGUCCGUCGCUUUGACUGGGCUCCUGACUUCGUGGUCCCCGAGCCCGAGAGCUACGAGUUGGAGGCCUUCUGGUGUGAGGCUGCCACGGCCACCCGCAGCGUCCGCAAACGCAGCCCCUGGCUGCAACCUCCUACCCCGGCGUCUCCCCUGGAUCCCGCAUCCGCUUCCACUCCGGCCCCGCAGACGCUGGGAGGAGAGCCAUUGUCGGUCAGGAAGCCCCCGGUGUCGCGUUCUGCGCCCUCAGCCACCUUUCUCCCUAAUACCACCACCGAAGUCCCCGCCAGCAAGGGCCUCACCGCCGCUGCAGCGCCCCCCUGCGUCCCGCCACAGCCCGAUGACUUGGCUUUGCUGCUCCGAGAGCUGAGGCAGCUCAAGGACCUUCUGAGUCGUGUGGUCCAGGGACUGCAGGCUUCCGCCACCUCUUCAGGGAGCCCCGAAGCUCUCAGGACCCCUACGGCGUGGACCCCGGGGCCCCCAGAGGCUACUACAAUGGAAGACUGAGGGGGAGCUGACUCGCCCCACCCAGGCCCUUGACCACUAGUGGCCUGCCCCGCCUGCAGGGGCCUGUUUGUCCCUUUGGUGUGCUGUGGUUCUUAAAGAUAAGUGACUGUGGCCCUGGUUUCAAGUCCAGGCAGGCCUAAGGCAGUGAGCCUCAGGGGGGUGUCCUCUAACCUCAAAUUCAGUGAGAGAUGAAGCUCUGGUGUUGACUCUCCUGAGAUGGGGGUGAGAGGGGGGUGUGCUUAGCUCAUCAGGGAGAAUGAAGGCCAUUAAAACUACCUGGCACUGAUUUA